CAGGUUGAGCCAACCUUGUCACUAAAUCAAAGUUUUAGCAAAGGCGCGUGUGGCAGGAGCUGAGCGAACCAGUGGACAGCGCUAAUCAAUAGAUACACGGAUAAAGACAAGGCUAUGUAAUACGCUUUGACUAGUGGAUAUUUACAAUUGUUUUAAAGUAGCCAAACGUGAUACGAGGAUUUUUUAUUUGGAAGAGAGAGGAUAUUGUUUUUGCGACGGAGUGGCUUUGCGCGUCAAGAUACCUUAUUCACUGGAAUGUUAUCGAGUAAAUUACUUCGAUUUGACUUGUGAAAAAGUGAAAAGCAUGAGCCUUUAUAGCCUACGUAUACUUUCAAGUUCAUAACCCACGAAUAACGGUCGCGUUAGACGUUUGUUGUAUUUUACAAGAGCAAAUUUAACCACGGUAUCCAAUUUUGGCAGUAUACUGUAAUAGCUGCUGCUUGUCUGCCAAAAGAUGACGGAAAACAAUGAGAAGGAGAAUGAACCGCAACACCGGGACCUCCAUCGUUGCCCGAGCACUGUGCCUAUUCAGCCCGAAUCAAAGCUGCAGCGACUAAAGCGCUCCUUGUCCUUCAAGUCAGUGAUGCGCAGCAAGAGCGUGGACAACUUCUUCCAGCGCCCCAGCAACGGGGAAGUCCGCCUGCCCUCUGGGAUCAUCCGCGAGCCUCCGCUGACCUCCUCGCCACCACCCUUCGGGGAGACGCCCCUGACCUGCGAGCGCUCACCCUCCCUCUCCCCUUCGCUCAGCCCCAACCCCUCGCUUUCGUCCCGCUCACCCUCCCUCAGUCCCUCCCUCUCCCUGACCUCCAAAGCCCAGCUCCAUGGCCAGCUCCAUGGCCAGCUCCAGGCCCGGCUAGUGAAGACCCACUGUUUCCAGGAGCACGUCUUCCGUCGGCCCACCUGCUGCCAGCAAUGCAAACACGUGAUACAGGGGAACUCCAAGCAGGGUCUGCGCUGUAAAGCCUGUAAGCUGGGCGCCCACCUCUGGUGCUCCUCUGAGCUGUCCCAACAGCCCUGCACAGGAAAGACGGGGGCCUUUAAACGAAACUUCAGCUCCCCUCUCUUGACUAACGAUAUGUUAGGGGUGGUCAAGGAAGCUCUGCCAUCGCAAGAGUCUGAUAAAGGGGGAAUUGACCCUGUGUAUGAGGCUCUGCGUUAUGGGACGUCGCUGGCACAGAUGAGUCGCUCUAGCUUCGGAAGCAUCACUGAGUCCCCCAUUCAUAAGGUGGAGAGAGUAGGGGAGGGACUGGAAACACAACCAAUCGCUGAGGAGGAGUUUGUCCCAGAGACUGAGACUCUCAAUCCUCCUGAAAGUGAGAAGGCUGAUUCAGAGGACAGGGUCAGUCUGAAGACUCCAAAGCGCAUCGAUGUCCACUCUGUACACACCUACGUGGCUCUGUACAAGUUCAUCCCUCAGGAGAAGAAUGAUCUGGAGUUACAACCUGGCGAUCGAGUGCAAGUAACUGAUGACUCCAAUGAGGACUGGUGGAAGGGGAAAAGCAAAGACAAGCUGGGUUUCUUCCCCGCCAACUUUGUACAGAGAGUGCGCCCAGGUGAGCGUGUGUGGAAGGUCACGGGUGGUUUCCAUGGUGACCGUGACAGAGGGCAGAUGACUGUGAAAGAAUCUCAGAUCUGUGUGGGGAAGAACGAAGAGCUGGAUGGUUUCCUAAAGCUGAGCAGUGGGAAGAAGAGAGGUCUAGUCCCUUCCAAGUACCUUCUGGAGAUAUGACUUACGUCAAAGAAGGGAAUUCUCUGUGUCCCGAACCCUUGUUCUGCCCUGAAGACCACCCUCUAUCAGGAGCGCUUCCCUAACACCUCACUGACUGCCAACUCCCUGGAUGUGGAAAUGGACCCUCCCACCAACACCAGAAAACAUAGAGAGGGAGUGAGAAUAUGGUGGACACUGGCCAGGAUCGAAUUGGUUUCACUGCUUUGCUUGGAGUGGUGGAAUCAUUUUGAGAGAAAGGAGGGCGGAGGGCUUCUGUUGAGCUAGCUGCUUUACCUGUGGUGUACCCUCACACUCUUUCACCUGUUCACGCACACAGACACACACACACACACACUGCACAAAGACACUGAUGCUAACAAUGGCCCUGGAGCUUGGGCGGCGUGACUGUAACAGGCAGUGGUUGUCUGAAAGAUGUAUGGAUACCUCACAAUCGACACAAGCACAGCUUCCGCUUGAGCCAAGGUGGAGAAGACUGGCAGUUAUUCGCCGUGUGGUUGUGUGACCUUUUGGAUUUCAAGUGAAAUUUGGACGUUUUUGUCAGUCCAAGUUCUGUAGCAUUUUAUUGUAGCAGCUUGUUGCGACAAAGCUCUUUUCCUCUGAGGUUGUCCUCCCAGCCAGAUAUGGUAUAGCCGCAUUCCCUGUGGCACAGACUGUUUAGCACAUUGGGGCAAACCAAAGUGGGUAGGUGGUGGGGGUAGAAGGGAGCCUCAAGGGCCUUAUGCUUGAUUUGAGGAUUGUAGCUUGGACAAUGUAAUUGAACGUGUACUGUUGCGUCAAACAUAUUGAUGCAUGCUUCACUCACUCCCUGACCAUUGGGAGGUUCAGGUCCAGGCAUUUCAUCUUUGCUAACCCCCUUCUUUGCUUUACAUUGGUCAAUCCCAUUUGACAAUUUGUUUAGCUAAAUGGCUAACAGGUUUUUUGUUGCAAAAUGGCUUCCGUGGCAUCAUCCAGGUGGGUGUUACACAUACCUAUAGGUGUUGGAUGAGGUUUAAAGUGCUCCGAGCAUCUGGAAAAGCGCUAUAUAAAUCCAAUCCAUUAUCAUUAGUUAUCUUUACUAUUAAGAAGGGUUUAGCCAGGAGAGCGAGGGGAGACAGACACACAUGUUAAUCCUGCUGUGAUGUCCUUCCCAACAAUGCGUGAUUAUUUGGGACCUCUGUCCCUCUCCCCCUAUUUAUUUCCCCCACCUCUCUGUCUGUCACACAUGCUCUCUGUCUAGCACUCUCUCCCUCUCUGUGCUCACUGAAGGCAUAGAGCUCUGUGACUGCAGCAGAGGUCACAGCGGUCACAGCACUGAGACAGUGUAGCAUGAUAAGACACUCAGACACAAAGCUUAACCCAAACGUCAGAUUCCUCCCUCUAUAUGGGCUCCUCCGUUGGCCUCUGGAUGUCCGCCAUUUUCAUAGCAUUUUAUAGUAAGUUAGUAAUACAUUAUUCUCACGGAAUGUGUUGGGAUGCAACCACCCGACUGAAUUAUUUUCACAUGCGCGAUGUCCUCAGCCCUUUUGGUAAUGCUUGUUUUCAUGUUGUGUUGUUUUUUUAUUUUCUUCUCCAGAGAAAUAGUCUGCAUCUUGUGUUGAAACAUACCAUUCUAACACUCUCAAAUUCCUAGGCCAGACAAAGGAUGUUUUUGUGUAUCCCGCUGAAUUGAGAGUGAAAUGUCUAUGAAACACUGGAUACAACGUCCUGUGGAUGUCAUUACUUCAUUUGCUGAUUUAUUCACUCUAGGAUUCACUCUGUAGCAGUCAGAAGCUUUCUUGGCAAUAACCACUUAGUACCAGUCAAAAGUUUGGCCACACCUACUCAUUCAAGGGUUUUUCUUUAUUUUUACUAUUUUCUACAUUGUAGAAUAACAGUGAAAACAUCAAAACUAUGAAAUAACACAUAUGGAAUCAUGUAGUAACCAAAAAUGUGUUAAACAAAUCAAAAUAUAUUUUAGGUUUUUGAUUCUUCAAAGUAGCCACCCUUUGCCUUGACGACAGCUUUGCACACUCUUGGCAUUCUCUCAACCAGCUUCAUGAGGUAUGCUUUUCCAACAUUCUUGAAGGAGUUCCCACAUAUGCUGAGCACUUGUUGGCUGCUUUUCCUUCACUCUGCGGUCCAAUCCAUCCCAAACCAUCUCAAUUGGGUUGAGGUCGGGUGAUUGUGGAAGCCAUGGCAUCUGAUGCAUCACUCUCCUUCUUGGUCAAAUAGCCCUUAGUCAAAUAACUUUUACAACGAUGGUGUAGGCAGUCAUUUUAAAUAAGAAUUUGUUCUUAACUGACUUGUCUAGUUAAAUAAUUCAUUAAAAUGAAAAAAUGUAAACAACCUUUUCACAGCCUGGAGGUGUGUUUUUGGUCAUUGUCCUGUUGAAUAACAAGUGAUAGUCUCACUAAGCACAGACCAGAUGGGAUGGCGUAUCGCUGCAGAAUGCUGUGGUAGCCAUGCUGGUUAAGUGUGCCUUAAAUUCUAAACAAAUCACUGACAAUGUCACCAGCAAAGCACCCCACACCAUCACACCUCCUCCUCCAUACUUCACGGUGGGAACCACACAUGCGGAGAUCAUCCGUUCACCUACUCUGCGUCUCACAAAGACACUGUGGUUGGAACCAAAAAUCUCAAAUUUGGACUCAUCAGACCAAAGGACAGAUUUCCACUGGUCUAAUGUCCAUUGCUGGUGUCUCUUCUUCUUAUUGGUGUCCUUCAGUAGUGGUUUCUAUGCAGCAAGUCGACCAUGAAGGCCUGAUUCACACACUCUUCCCUGAAGAGUUGAUGUUGAGAUGUCUGUUACUUGAACUCUGUGAAGCAUUUAUUUGGGCUGCAAUUUCUGAUGCUGGUAAAUAUAAUAAACGUAUCCUCUGCAGCAGAGUUAACUCUGGGUCUUCCUUUCAUGUGGAGGUCCUCAUGAGAGCCAGUUUCAUCAUAGCGUUUGAUGGUUUUUUACAACUGCACUUGAAGAAACUUUCAAAGUUGUUCAAAUUUUCCAGAUUGACUGACUUUCAUGUCUUAAAGUAAUGAUGGACUGUCAUUUCUCUUGGCUUAUUUGAGCUGUUCUUGCCAUAAUAUGGACUUGGUAUUUUACCAAAUAGGGCUAUAUUCUGUAUACCACCCCUACCUUAUCACAACAUAACUGAUUGGCUAAAAUGUAGUAAGAAGGAAAGAAAUUCCACAAAUUAACUUUUAAGAAGGCAGACCUGUUAAUUGAAAUGCAUUCCAGGUGACUACCUCAUGAAGCUGGUUGAGAGAUUGCCAAUAGUGUGUAAAGCUGUCAUCGAGGCAAAGGGUGCCUACUUUGAAUAAUCUGAAAUAUAUUUUGAUUUGUUUAACACUUUGUUUGGUUACUACAUGAUUCCAUAUGUGUUAUAUCAUAGUUUUGAUGUCUUCAUUAGUAUUCUACAAUGUAGAAAAUAGUAAAAAUAAAGAAAAACCCUUGAAUCAGUAGGUGUGUCCAAACUUUUGACUGGUACUGCAUUUAAAUAGAACUAUGGGGAAACUGUUGUAUGUAUUCAGUUAUCAUGGCCUUAACCAUGUGGUAUACGGCUAUCAAAGAGUUCACUGUUUUCAGUAAUGGCAUUCAUUCCCUACCUAAUAUAUCAGCAUCAAGACUUAAAAGCACAACACAACCACAAGACUUUGCACUCUACCCAUUCUAGUCACUCUGUACAUCUGAUUACCACUCAGUACAGUCUCAAUCUUUACUAACUGUUAUAAGGUGUAUAUUGCAAUUAAGCCACACUCUUGGAUUUCUUGGCCAUCAAGGAGUGGGUCCACCAAGCAUUAGAUCAUUACAAUGCAUUCCAGUACAGUUGCACACGCAUAUAGCACUUGAAUUAUAUUAUAUUUCUAUAGUGAUCAAGGGACGACAUUUCACGAGAGAAACAGUACUUUUUCAUACAUGAUUUAAAGCUAUACAUACAGUAAUUUGUUUACAAAUUCCUAUAUAACUACAAAAGCAAAGACAAUGGAGUAUUAUGUAUGGUAUAUAUAUUCUCCUCAUCAAGGGGUGUAUUUUAUUAGUCAAAAUUACCACUGGAGUGACUUGAAAUCUUACAGCAUGUAGCUUUAAAGAAUAGCUGCGUAAUAAAGGUUUUAGAGGCAUAACGGGUAUAGUAGCCUUUAAGGGCUGGUCUUGGAUCAGUUUAUUUGAGACUGACUAACCAAGCCUGGCUCUGGACCAGUACUCCAAGGUCAUUUCCCUCCCCAUCCACCUGGCAUUGGCACACACAGUCUCCCUUCCUGCAUGGCCACCUGGACUGUGACCUGUACACAUGUCAAUAAAGUUCCAUCAAAUCAA